GGUGUCUAUACUGUUGUGUGCUCCUUAUACUUGUUUACAUCGAGAUGACGUUCUCUCGUGAAAUAUAAGUUUUAUUCCCAUAAUUAGGGACGUUUCUAAGCAUUUCAAGAGACCAAAAUGUGGAAAUGGAGGGAAUCGAGUACAGCACCGAGCCAUUUGAGAGCUCAUACGAGGUGUACGAGGAGAUAGGAAGUGGGCAGUUUGCAGUUGUUCGCCGGUGUGUUGAGAAAGCUACUCGAGCUGAAUAUGCUGCGAAAUAUAUUCGCAAACGGCGUGUGGCAUCCUCCCGACGAGGGUUGCCCUUAGAAUGUAUUGCGAGGGAAGUGCGUGUCCUGCAGAAGCUAGACAACCAUCAGAACAUCAUUUCAUUGCAUCAAGUGUUUGAUAAUGGACAACAUGUUAUAUUAGUACUGGAGCUGGUGCGUGGUGGUGAGUUGUUUGAGCAUAUUAGUGAGAGAGAGAGGUUGUCAGAGGAGGAAGCAUCUGCCUUUUUGCAUCAGAUUUUGCAAGGUGUCAGACACAUGCAUUCUUUAGGUAUUGCUCAUCUUGAUUUAAAGCCAGAAAAUGUUCUUUUACUAAGUAAAAAUCGGCAGCAUAUCAAACUAAUUGAUUUUGGCUUGUCUCGAGUUAUUACACAAGCAGAAGAAGUCCGUGACAUGAUGGGUACGGCAGAGUUCGUGGCUCCUGAGAUUGUCAACUAUGAGCCGCUGUGUCUGGCCACAGAUAUGUGGGCCAUUGGGGUCAUAACAUAUAUCUUGCUGUCGGGUGCAUCGCCAUUCUUGGGUGAUACGCAGCAAGACACAUUUAACAAUGUGACUGCUGUGGAUUAUACCUUUGACGUCGAAUAUUUCUGUGGCACCUCUGAUUUAGCAAAGGACUUCAUCUGCCGCUUGUUGGUAAAAGAUUCCAGAAAGCGGUUAACUGCUGAAGAGUCAUUGGCCCACCCCUGGAUAAAGCCACAGUCUAAAGAACAAGAAGAAGAGCUUAGAGAUGCCCAAACAAAUAUGGAUAACUUUAAAUCCUAUCAAGCUAGACGGAGAUGGAAGCAUUCUGUUAAAGUUGUAACACUGUGUAAUCGUUUAUCAAGAAGUGCCAAGUUAAGAAGUCAGAGUGCAGAACUCUUGGAUGCUAGGUCUAGUGCCAUUACUCUACAAGAAGACCAGGAUGCCAGUUUUGUUCUGUCUGCCUUGGUGGCAGCUGUUGAAGAGGGAAACCUACCAGGCCUUGAGAAACUCUUCAGUGUUGCACAAAAUAUUGAUGUCAACAUGGCUAACAAGCAUGGAGAAAGUGCCAUCCACCUCUCAUGUGGUUUGGGACAGCUGGAGGCAUUAAAGUUCUUAGUGAAGAAGGGAGGUGGGCUUGAUGCCACAGAUGCCCAGGGUGACACGCCUCUGCACUGGGCCGCUCGACAAGGACACGCACACAUCAUUGCGUACCUCAUUGAACAAGGAGCUCAAAUUAAUACGCAGAAUAAGAAUGGGGAGUCGUGUCUUCAUGUUGCUUGUCGAUAUGGCCAUACUGUGGUGGUACAAAAUUUGUGCCUGUGUAAUAUGAACUUAGAUCUACAGGAUGAUCAUGGAGAGACUGCUCUGCACAUUGCCGUCUGGCAUGGCUUUCCACGAAUUGUUCAUCACCUGUGUUCUGCUGCAGCUAACACUGAACUUACAGAUAAGGAAAACCAAACUCCCUUACAUGUUGCCAGUGGGCGGGGACAUGUCGAGUGUGUUCGGGGACUAGUUGCUUCAGGGGCAUGUGUUGAUGCCCAGGACGCUCAUGGUGCCACCCCUCUUCAUCAUGCAUUAGCUCGUCAUCACACUCAGGCAGCGAUGAUUCUUCUUCAUGCUGGUGCCAACACAGAUAUAACAGAUGAUAUUGGGGAGGCUCCAAUUCACAUAGUAGCAAGAGAGGGCUUGUUGGCUUUAGCUCAAACCCUGUGUGCCUUUGGUUGUAGUGUUGAUGUCUCCAACAAGGCAGGUCUUUACCCUCUGCAUCUGGCUGCCAAACAUGGACACACCGAGUUAGUGAGAUGCCUGUGUUUGGCUGGCUGCACAGUGGAACAGAAGAGCCGUGACGGAAUAUUGGCAGAAGUAUCAGCCAUGGCUCAAGGAUAUGAUGAUAUUGCUGAUCUCCUCAACAAACUUAGAGGGGAACAGCAGCGAGAAGAGUAUAUUCAGCAGCUCAUUCCAAGUCCAUCUUCUAUUCCACGGAUAAAAGUGAAAAUCUUGGGUCAUUCUGGGGCAGGAAAGACGGCGCUCGUUGAAACACUGAAGACUGGGUACUUCUCUUCUUUCUUUCGCAGGAGUAAAAGCACCACAUCAACCUCAUCCAUUGGAUCAGCCGGAAAGAGUCCUUCUGCCAUGAAGGGUCAUUUUGAGAUGGAGUCACCUGUAAGCUCUCGCCAGAACUCGCUCACCUUUGAACCCUGUGAGAAUUACACUAAAGGCAUCGAUGUACAGCAGGUUAAUAUCUCUGGUGUGGGUGAAUUAUCACUGUGGGAGUUUUCUGGCCACGAGGCUUACUUCCCCGUAUAUGAUCACUUUAUUGGCAACACAUCAUGUGUCCACCUCAUUGUGUUUCCCCUCAACCAGCCCUUUGAUGUUCAGUUACAACAGUCUUCCUUCUGGAUGUCUUUUCUCCAAGCUCGGAUCCCUCCUAUGGAACCUCUAAAUGUUAGAGGAAAGCCAAGUAAACCAGCAAAAGUGGCUUUAGUUGGAACUCAUGCCGAUGCGGCUCAGUGUCACCGCAACCUCCAGGGAGACUACGUGGCUCCACAAGUCCAUCUCCUCCAGGAGAAGCUACUGGAUCUUUAUGGUGAUGUAUUUGAAGUCCAUGACACUGUGUAUGUGAUGGAUGCUACAGCUCCAGGCUCGACACCUAUUAGAGCUCUCAAGCAGUAUCUAGCAGACUGUAAAGCCAAAGUUACUCAGGGCUGGAGCGGAGCCAGUGUGGCGUAUGCUGUUGGGGCGGCUGUUAGCGGUGAUGGAUAUACGAUCCUGCAACCUGACGCGUGUGAGGGAGUGCCGCGAGUGACAGGCUUCCUAGGAGCAGUGGUUAGCACUUUGGCUGAGUGGCGAGCAUCACUAGGAGAGUUUCCUGUUGUGUCAUGGCCCCAGUUUGUUGACGUAACUCAUCAACGAGUCAACCCUCUAGCUGGCGAAGAACAUCUACGUGAGGUCGUUCAGCAGCUGCAACUGAUGGGGGAAGUUGUUUACUUAAAGGCAGAAGCACAGGACCUUGUAGUGCUAGACCCAGCUUGGCUUACUCACCAGCAGUUAGGACAUCUCCUUUCUACCCAGUAUGCUGCCCAGGCAAGAGUCACUGGCUGCUACACCGUGGAUGACUUUCAGAUGAGCUUUCCUGAGUGUGAUGCAUUAGACCUACUGCAGGUCUUAGAGGCCUUACACCUAUGCACUCAAUGUGAUAAUGAUGGAGAAAUUGAAUAUGAAUUUCCAUGCUUCAAUCAAGUUGAAACUCUUGAUGGCUUGUGGGAAAAGGUUGAUCCACGCUACACGGAUGGUGUGUAUGGUGGAGUCAGGCUACGAUCUCCUGCACCAACACAGUACAUUCUGCCACCAAUAUAUAUUCGCUUGCAGGUUCAGCUUAGAAGAUCUUGGCAAGAAUACCCAGAGAGAGAUACUGACUUAUAUCAAUGGUGCAGUGGCUCCAAGUUCUGUUCAGGCCCUUUGGAAGCUCUUCUUACUCUUGAGGAGGGAGGAGAAGCUAUUGAGUUGAAAGUACGCGGACCACCUGAAUCAGGCCCUGUUGCAUUCUUCUUCAUGGAAGAUCUUCUAGCCAUGAUUGAUCAGGUACUUGUUGAAAUGUGCCCUGGACUUGUACUGGAAAAGCAUGUCCUGAGUGCUGAGCAACUUACUGCUCACUCACCCACUGUGUAUGCUUGGCCACCAGCAGACAUCUACACAGCACUGCUUGGCAAUGGUGUGCGUGCUUCACUAAUCAACCCAAUAACUGAGAAAGAAGAAACAUUUACUCAGUUAGUUUGCUUUGGAUCCCAAGAUGUUGUGUCCAGUUUGAUAGUUGGUGGAGAAGUGCACAUCUCCAGCCUGUGUACGGUGACUGUUCAACGAUUAGCAGCUCACAUGGACCCAUCUCAUCCACGUGGAUCUGACUGGUGUGUUUUGGCAGUAAAAUUAGGGCUACAGCAGCUUUUACCCUCGCUGGACACGCAAUGUGGCUCAUCUCAGCCUUCCCCCACGGCAACACUGUUACACUCCUGGGGAAAUGCUCCUACAGCCACACUUGGUUUACUAGUAAAUGAGCUUCGUGGAAUGGAACGUGAAGAUGCCGCAAUAGCUGUAAUGUGUGGUGCUCCUUUGUAUCAACUUGCACCUCCUGAUGACGACACAACGUCUGACUCUCCACCCAUUUCUUCCACCUCGGCAACAUCGACUUCCAAUCUCUCCAGAUGAACAAUAGAACCACAGGAGCAUCAGUAGACUUCAACAACAGUUAUGUAAAGUUUUUAUCAUGGCAUAAAUUCUCAAGAUGAUUUAUAGGUUUGAUGGUGUACUUAAGAUUCUAUUUUGGGUACUUUUGGAGUAUCCCAUUGCUCCCCUUCUAAAACGACAUGCAUUGCUCUGAAGAAUCGUGCGAGUGUUGUGAUUCGAUAUGCUCAUAUCUUUAGUUACUAUGUGUGUAUGCACUAAAGUGACACUAGGUUUGUUUUCAUUUGUCUUCAUGCUUGUGCAGAGGAACAUGUUUUACAAGAAUUCUAAUUGUUCAAGAGUAAUAGAACAUUAUAGGAACUUUCCAGUAUGUAUUCUAACCUUCAGAUCUGUAAUGCAUUGCAGUGUGGUGUUUCUCUGCCAUGUUGUUACUGUACUUAUAUAUUUGUGUGCCAAGUCAUUUCUUCCUGAUUGGUGUUAUAGUUUUUGUUUUUUUGAUUAUGCCAAGUUGGUAAAAACACAAAAUUAUUUAGUGUAUGACUGCAUAUUAUCUUUCUGAUUAGAAUGACUCCUGAGGAAGAAUUAUUUCUUUGUUUGUACCAACCAAGACAGUUUAUCUAGCCUUACAGAUACUCUGUCAGCAAAUUCUAAGUCCUCAUAUAAUUUAAUUUUUAAGAUCCAGAAUAUAUUGCACCACAAAUAUGUUAGAGCACAUUAUGUUGUCUCCUGGGUUGUGGUGAAUGUCACAUAACACCUUUUGAAAUGUAGUUUAAUUGUGGUUUAAUGUAGCUGCUUUUGUAAGAGCAAAUUUAAGUAAGUCUUAACAGUAAAUGUCAUUUGUUAGGCUUUGAGGAUAUACAGUAUUUGUCUAAAUUGUUACCCAUUUUAGUGCACUCAUAGUAUUGUAUAAAUUUUCUUAUCCUAACCAAAGAAUCACAAUUCUUCUGGCAUGUUUUUUAUGACAUUGUGAAAUAGUCUUAAGUAGCUUGUAUACUCGUCAGCAUUCCAAUAUUUGGGAGGCUUUUAUGAGUAUCAGUGGUUGUACGUGCAGUCAAGAGCCUUUGAGAGUACUAUGAUAGUACUCUGAUAAUUUAUCUCCUUUUAGUUGGUCAGCAAUGCCUUACACACAUCCAGCACAAAGCUGUUAGUGAAUCAUUGUAGAAGCUUUUGAUAUGGAACCUGUGGCCGGCUGCUAGUCUCAUGCCGUCCCGCUUAUAUGUCUAGGUUAAAAAUCAGUACAGUGUAUAGAUAAACCUUAAAUUAAGUAGCUGAUGAAAAUAUUUAUCCUAUGAUCUUUUGCAAUUACUGAAUAGUUUGUUAUUCAUUGCAUACUUAUUAUGGAAAUUUGUAUAACCUGGAGAGUCAAUGCACAGACAAAUUACAUAAGCAGUUCCAGCAUUUAGUGAUAUCUUCAUACCUAAAUUGAUGGUGUGAGUAUUGUACGUCUUAUUAUCACAGCAAUACAUUGACCGACAGUGCAGACGAUGAGUCACAGUAGUGUGGCUGAAGAAAUGAUGACCAAACCACACAUCAGAAAAUUAAGAAAUAACAACAUUUUGGUCCACCCUGGACCAUUCUCACAUUUGUAAUUGCACAACUUGAUAAUGGUGCAGGAUGGACCGAAACAUCAUCGUUUCUUCAUGUUCUGAUGUGUGACUUGACCUGUAAUAUUGGUAUACUAAAUGCAGCUGCAGUCUAGUUGGCUAUUGUAGUAAAGGGGUUGUUAUGAUUUAUAGUUUUCUUCACUUGUUUGUGCAUUACAAGUAACAUAUGCUCUUUGAGGUGUAGUCUUCAACUUGAUGUUACCUUUAUUUUGCAGAACUUGACUCUUUAUAUUCAACCCCAGAACCAUGAGUAGCAUCUGAAAAGAUAAGUUACAUGAAACAAAAUGAAUUUUCAUAUAUACUAUGAAUAACAAUUAUGCACAGUUAAACUCCAAAGUUCCUUGUAUACUCCAGUGUUACAACAUUAUAUUGUAAUAUUAUUAAAUACAUGCAAUGUUGUAGUUAAUGCAAAAACUUUGGAAUGCCUAGCUUAGUGCUAAGUAAUCAUAAGAAUAUUGGAGAAUGUGGUAUGCAUAUAAUACUGGUAUUAUGAGUGUGGUAUGCGAAAAGUACUGGUAUUGUGAUUCUGGUAUGCAUAUAAUACUGGUAUUUUGAUUGUGGAAAGCAUAUAGUACUGGUAUUAUGAUUGUGGGAAGCAUAUAGUACUGGUAUUAUGAUUGUGGGAAGCAUAUAGUACUGGUAUUAUGAUUGUGGGAAGCAUAUAGUACUGGAAUUUGAUUGUGGGAAGCAUAUAGUACUGGUAUUAUGAUUGUGGGAAGCAUCUAGUACUGGUAUUAUGAUUAUGGGAAGCAUAUAGUACUGGUAUUAUGAUUGUGGGAAGCAUCUAUUACUGGUAUUAUGAUUAUGGGAAGCAUAUAGUACUGGUAUCAUGAUUGUGGUAUGUAUAAAGUACAGGUACUAGUAUUGUUGUGAUUCUGGUAUGCAUGUAAUGCUGGUAUUUUGAUUGAUUUGCAUAUACAAGGUAUAGGCAUUUUGAACUUUAAUUUGGUCCAUUACCAAGCUCAAAUGAUUCAGUAAAAUAUCUUUAUGAAUGAGUAAAAACUCUGAAAAUAAUUUUGUUUACAAAAAUGAUCUGCUCAAAAGGGUGCUUUUAUAGGAUUGAUUUGGUUCAAACACUGAUGUAAUUUUUUAUUGGUUAGUAAAAUAAUUAUUUCCUUGCAGUGUUCUAUCAUCAUAUUCACAUGGGAACAUUAUUUAGUAGCCAUCACAACUACACUUCUCAUUAGACUAUUUUGAUACGUUUAUUUGUUAAUUUUUAGCAUCAAUACUUGAAUUGUCUUCAAGUGUAUAUUUUAGAUAAGCUCUUUUCACACAUUACUUUGUCUUAAUACUGGUACAGUGUACACACAAACCUUUUCCUAGGUUGGUAAAUGUCAAAUUCUGAUAUUGUGUUUUUUUGUAAGUUACUGUACAUUGUGCUUUUCAGGCUGAAAACGUAAGGCCUUUGUAGAAAUUACUAAAUGACAUAAACAAAUGUAACUCUUCAUGUCUAGCACCUCUUAACAAAAUAGUGGUGAUAACAAAAUAUUUGCAUAAUUGAAAGUUGGGUAUUGUGAGCACACAGCUGUGUGUGAUAGGAACUCAACCACACACAGCUCUUCAAUAUAAAACUAUGGUAUUUUAAACUGGAAGUGCUCCAUCCUAAUAAGAAUGUUAAAAUAAGCUCAAUCAAAAAUAGUAGGACAGAAAAAUAGCACCUAGGAAUGAAAUAAGUGACCAUUGUGCAAUGUUAGUCUAGCCCAAUUCCACCUAUACAUAGUAGCCAGAUUAACAGACCUCAAGAGUGAAUCCAAUAGAGCACACACUACUACAGGUACUAUGGGAAAUAUAAGUAGGUACUUUUUUAUUUUAAACUAUGCAGGCGACGAGUCACAAUAACGUGGCUGAAGUAUGUUGACCAGACCACACACUAGAAAGUGAAGGGGCGACGACGUUUCGGUCUGUCCUGGACCAUCCAUUUAAACUGUCUUUUAAGUUUUAUUGGAUAGUUCUUCUUGUAUGUGUGUGUUUAUAUUUUUAGUAUUAACAUUUUCUUUAGUAUUUCACCAUCAAUGUAAUUAAAAGCGAAUCUGAAGUUGGAAAGUGACAUGUGUUUGUGUGUUCUCACCUAGUUGUGCUU